AUGCGCCACGUCCUCUUUCCGAUGAGAGUAGCGGGGGGAUCAGGGGCAGGUGUAGGAGGGAUGCAGCAUCUUCAGCCAUCGAAGUUCAAAGAGACUGAAGCUUUACUGGACAUACAUCAUCCAUUCCGUCUGCUGUUGGCUGGUGGCGUUCACAUAAAGUCAUGUCCAGAUCGGGUGAUAGAACAUCCACCUUUGACCCAACUCACAGGACAGCAGUUCCACUGCCACAAAGCAGUGCUUGCGUCUUGCUCCCAGUACUUCAGGUCUCUCUUCUCCUCUCACAAUGUAAUCAACAAUGAGGGCAGUAAAGGAGACCAGGCUAGCAGUGGGACCCCCUCAUCCUCCCCAGAUGACAAGCUUGUAACCCCCACUGCCAGGCCCAUUAAUAACCUGGUACUACAAGGAUGCUCCUCUAUUGGACUACGCUUAGUGUUGGAGUACCUCUACACUGCCAAUGUGACUCUUUCCCUGGACACAGUGGAAGAGGUGCUGUCAGUGAGCAAGAUUCUGAACAUCCCUCAAAUCACCAAGCUCUGUGUGCAGUUCCUCAAUGACCAGAUCUCUGUCCAGAAUUACAAGCAAAUCUGCAAGAUUGCCGCCCUCCAUGGACUGGACGAGACAAAGAAGCUGGCCAACAAAUACUUGGUGGAAGAUGUGCUUCUGCUAAACUUUGAGGAGAUGUGUGCCAUGCUGGAUGCUCUGCCACCCCCUGUGGAGUCAGAGCUGGCUCUCUUCCAGAUGUCAGUGCUGUGGCUGGAGCAUGACCGCGAGACUCGUAUGCACUACGCCCCAGACCUCAUGAAGAGGCUCCGCUUUGCCCUCAUCCCUGCCCCAGAGCUGGUGGAGAGGGUGCAGUCCGUUGAGUUCAUGAGGAGUGACCCAGUGUGCCAGAAGCUGCUGCUUGAUGCCAUGAACUACCACUUGAUGCCCUUCCGACAGCACUGCAGGCAGUCCGUGGCCAGCAGAAUCCGUUCCAAUAAGAGGAUGCUGUUACUGGUGGGUGGUUUGCCUCCUGGACCUGAUCGCCUCCCUAGUAAUUUGGUCCAAUACUAUGACGAUGAAAAAAAGACAUGGAAGAUCCUCACAAUAAUGCCUUACAACAGUGCUCAUCACUGUGUGGUGGAGGUGGAGAACUUUCUGCUGCUGCUUGGAGGAGAAGACCAGUGGAACCCCAAUGGGAAACACAGCACCAAUUUCGUGAGCCGGUAUGAUCCAAGAUUUAACAGCUGGAUCCAACUUCCGCCAAUGCAGGAGAGGAGAGCCAGUUUUUUUGCCUGUCGCCUGGAUAAGCACUUGUAUGUGAUCGGUGGGAGGAAUGAGUCGGGAUACCUCUCUAGUGUCGAGGCCUACAACCUGGAGACUAAUGAGUGGAACUACCUGUCCUCUCUCCCUCAGCCCCUGGCCGCCCAUGCAGGAGCUGUGCACAAUGGAAAGAUUUAUAUUUCAGGAGGGGUCCACAAUGGGGAGUAUGUGUCCUGGCUCUACUGUUACGACCCUGUAAUGGACGUGUGGGCUCGAAAACAGGACAUGAACACAAAGAGAGCCAUCCACGCACUGGCCGGGAUGAACGACCGCCUCUACGCCAUUGGUGGAAAUCAUCUCAAAGGUUUCUCUCAUUUAGACGUGAUGCUUGUGGAGUGCUAUGACCCCAAAGCCGACCAAUGGAACAUCCUGCAGACGCCCAUCCUGGAGGGCCGCAGUGGGCCGGGCUGUGCAGUUCUGGACGACAGCAUCUUUCUGGUUGGAGGCUACAGCUGGAGCAUGGGGGCCUAUAAGUCUUCUACCAUCUGCUACAGCCCAGAGAAAGGCUCAUGGACUGAGUUAGAAGGAGAGGUGGCAGAGCCAUUGGCGGGCCCUGCCUGCUCCACCGUCAUACUACCGGCCUGCCUUCCUUUUAACAAAUGA